GUUGCCAUUCUCCAAUAUCUUCAUUCCAAUGAACAUAUCUUUCAAUCAUUGUCUAAGGCAAGAAUACAACUUAUGCACUUAUCGAGGAUAAUUACGUUUGACAACCACCUUCCAGAAAGCAUAAUUAUUUGUGGCUACGUGUUAAUUUUCGUUGCUAAUUGUACAAUUUGGCUUUCAUGAAGAUAAAUUUUACUUGUGUGCGGAUACGUUACCCUAUGACUCAUGUAUUCUGUAAGUCUUCUAUCCUGUAUCAGUAACACUUUAAUCGAUAAUUAUUGAACGUAUACUCGAUUAAUUCUAAAAAGUCAUAGUCAAUAAUGAAACAUACGAGUACAACGAAAAUAAAGGAACGACGAAUGCCCAAUUUAGGGAGACAAUCGUCGGGUGAAAAUUGCGUGCAUAUGCAGUGCGGAGGACAAUGGGGAACAAAGUACCCCCUCCCUGCGUGGUAGUUUGUCCCCCUACGUAUCUAGUACCCGGGAACCCCCGAUACAUCUCCCCACCUAGAAAGAUUACUCGUUUGAAGCGAAACAGCAGCUGACGACCGUAACAAUGCAUUCUCUGUACGCAAGAGACCAAUAUGCUGUACGCAGGGCUGCGAGAGAAGACGGUGAACUCUGUUGAGCGCACGCUACUGGCUGUUAGGUUACCGGUGUUAUAGUGAUGUAAAGCCACCAGGACGCGUAAGCAGCAGGAAAACGUGAGAGUACUGGUGGUGGAAAUCCUGCAACCAGUUAUACAUCUUCAUUAGGGUGUCCACCUAAAAUUUCUAACAAUACCGGUGGUUAUAGCAGUGCACCUGGGGGUGCCAAUAUGACCCCCGAUAGUGCUCUCGACGAUGAGUUCGCUGCAGCCAUUGCUCAGAAAACUCAAAGGGACGCAGAAGCCAUUCGUGGAACAUUGUACCUCGGUAUUGCCUUCGUAAUCACAUGGAUAAUAGGUGCAACAGGGCUAUCAUUGGCAUGGCUGAUAUUAGUGUUAGCGUUGGUAGGAACAAUACUGAAAGUAAGAAUCUCCCGCCUCCUUGAAUCUGUGCUGCAACAAGAAUUAGCAAGAUUUCGUCGAAGAAGAGCCCUGUAUAAAGAUGAAACCGCCGAAUGGCUGAGUUUGCUCCUUAACAAAUGGUGGAGAUUCAGUGCUGCCAGUAUAUUUUCUUUGGCAAAGGAAAGGCUGGAACCUCUGUUAAAUGAAGCUAAACCAGGAAUACUUGGACCAUUGGAACUUAGAGAACUCACACUUGGCGAGCAGACCCCGUGUGUGACACGUGUGCGAACUUUAGAUUAUACGAAUGACGAUGAUAUUCUGGACGGCCAAAUAAGAGAAACAAAAUUAUCCGUGGAAGCUGAUGUCCGUCUUGAUUGCGAACAAUUUCGUAUGCUUAUCAUGACCAGGCUAUUUGGAAGAGAUGUCGGCGUGGACGUCGAUUUGGCCGUGGAGAAGUUGUCUUUCUCAGGAACAAUCCUUGCCACCCUGACCCUUAACUCCAUGGCACCGUUUCCUCACGCGACCUCUUUGAGCGUGAGUUUCUUGGAGAAACCGGACGUUUGGUUCAGCGUGAGAAUUCUACGGACCGUACAAAUGAUGGAAAUGCCUUUAAUUAAGAGCUGGAUUCACGCAGUGGUCACGGACGCUUUGGCCAGCUGGAUCGUUGAUCCAGGUCGAUUAGAGUUAAAUCUCAGAGCACGAGAACGACCUGGUCCAAAGGUGGACUCUAUAGCCAACUCCAUACCACAGGGAGUACUUACAGUUGUUCUAUCUCAAAAUGGAUGCUCUGCCCCCAUUGGAGACGAGGUGAGGUGGCUGGUUGUAACAGUAGGAGAUCAAAGACGAGUUACCACUCCUCUAAAUUCUACCUGGAACGAGGAUGCUUCCUUCUUAGUGGGCACGCUGGAUAAUGAGAAAAUUUUGGUCAAAUUAAAAGCUAAACGACUCGUCAGUACUAUCACCUUAGCGCAAUUCGAACUGCCACUAGGAACUUAUAACUGGGAAAGUUCACAGGUAAUUGAAACCGUAUUGCAACAAAAGAAACCAUCCCGUAAUAGUGCUAACAUUCCAAACAUCAAUGCCCGGUUAGAGUACACUACCCUUCCAACACUGGAUCCAGAUUUGCCACAGCCGGAGUUGCCAGAAGAUAACACACAUCUGGCAGGGGUGCUUGUAGUUUAUAUUCAUUCAGCUGAAAAUUUAAACAGCGAUAAUUCUCAGUGCAAUCCUUACUGCAUGUUGUUUAACAAUCGUAAAAAGGUGAAAACCACACAUUAUGUGAGAAACACUACAUCGCCAUGCUGGGAGUCCAGGACACAAUUUCUUGUUCAAGAUUAUACUCAAGUAUCCCUCAGUUUCGUUAUAUAUUCUUGGAAUAUAUCAAAGUCGACUGACAGCGAAAUGCUUGGACUGGCUAUACUAUCUUUGAAUCAAGAAAGUACAUGGCUAAUUAGGAAAGACUUGAUCCUCAACGGUUCAUAUAACAUGUCAACGAUGAGAGUUUCCGUUUUAUUUUAUCCCGUAAAUAGUGUGCAACAAGUGAUUACCAGCCGAAGAAGUAGCAUGUCUUUCCCAAUAUCAGACGAUGAACCAAAAUCGAAAAGAAACAGUUUACCUUGGAUGCAACAGGCGAAAUUAUUACUGUCUCAUAAAGAUAUAGAUCCUGCCUCAUCAGAUGUAUCAAGUCUACUUUCUACAGGAAGUGGACUGAUGGAAGUCACUCUCAUACGUGCAAAAGAUCUUGUAGCAAAAGAUCUGAAUGGAUUCAGCGAUCCUUUCUGUGAAUUAAAGUUAAACAAUGAAACAAAGUAUAAGAGUAGUAUAAAAAAAAAGACAUUAAAUCCUUGUUGGGAUGAAAGUUCCAUUAUGGGUUUACCUAGAACAGGCGAAACCUUAGAUGUCGUCUUAUGGGAUCAUGAUACUUUUGGUAUGAAAGAUUAUCUUGGAAAAGUAUCAUUGAAUCUCGACGAAAUUAGAAAGUUGUCUAACAGCGAUCAGUCCCAUUGGUUCACAUUAAGAGGAACCAAAACUGGAUCUGUCGAAUUGAAGAUCAAGGUUUUGUCUGAGGAAUGUGAGACACAGAGUACAUAUGCAGCCAGCAACAUCAGUGAAAGUUCAAUGCAAUUAAACAUGGAAACUUCUGAAACAGGGUCAAACAUAAUCAGAAGACCCUCGAUGGAAAAAUCAAAGAUGAGAUUGCAUUUAGAUGUUGUACCCCCUCCACCACCACCUCGUACAGUUACUCUAUUAAAACCAGCUAUUUCUAGUCAACCUGACAAAACUAGUAUCGAAAAUAAAGAUUUGAACGAACUGAAUGGGACUCAAAAUUCGUGGACACCCAGAGUCAUUACAGAAUCUGAACCAAACGUAAUUGACGAUACCGAUGGAACAAAAUUACGAGAACGACGGUCUUCUCACAACAGCUUAACUCCAAGCCCUGAACAAAGUUUUGGCAAGAAGUUACCUCAAUAUAAUAGCUUCCGCGUUAUGAAACAAAAGGUGAAAAGAGGAUUGAAACUUCGUAGAUUUCGGUCAGAGGUAAAUAUAGAAGACAAAAACGAAUCAAAAGGCAUAUCAUUAAGCCUAGAACCAAGAGGAGGUGGAGAAGCUGAUGCUACAGAACUUUUACAAGGAUCUGGUUUAGCUCAUGCUGUAUCGCAACCUGAUAUGCUUGGAAGAAUAAGACAACCAAGUCCACGUUUAAGGCUAAGACCAAAUGAAUUAAAAGUUGUCAAUGGUACCAAGGAUAAGUAUUCUGGAAUAGAGGGUAAAGUACUACAAGCUCAAGGUCUCCAUGUUGCACACAUUGCACAAUUAUAUUGUAGAAUUAAACUUCAAACAUGCACCAGUCCCGAUAAAAUUGCAUCCUCAACAAAUUCUGGUAAAACAUUGGCAAAAUCUCGACUACUGCCAGCAAUGCCAAAUCCUCAAUUCAGCAUAGAUUUUCACAUAGAUGGAGAUAAUGUUCCAAGGCAAUCCUUACUGAUAUUUGAAAUUAGAAGUGCCAGUAAAGAAUUAUUAGCUAGUCGACGCAUCACUCUUCAUGAAUUAUUAGGUGUUUCUGCAGCGACUGAUGAAAUUCAUACAUGGUUAGCAUUAAAUAAUGGAGCAUCAUUGGAAGUACAAAUUGCUCAUGGAAAAGAAUUGAAAAGUAAAUCUACAAAAAAGUUAUUUCGAUCUUGGUCUGUGCACAGAAUAGGGAAGAUAUAACAUAUUUUAACAUUGUACAUUCUUAAAAAUUUUUCAUACAUUUAUCAAACCUUAAAAUUUGC